ACGCCAUUUGCUGUCCUCCAUACUGGUGUCUGUGAGUUUAUGGCCCGAGCGGCCUGAGGUUGGCCACCGUGCCAUUCCUGAACCAGGACACCACGCCUCAGUGAAGGCAACAAGUUGGUGUCGAAACCCGGGAGCAUCAUCCGGGAAACGGGAAUCGCCUGGACCAGCUUGGCGGGGAGGACGCUCCCGGAGCAGCGAGGAGAAUGGUAGCUCUCGUGAAGGACUGGAUCCUUGGACGCCCCCGCAAUUCGUACACCCCAGUACCAGAGGAAAGUGACGAAUCAUCGAGCAGCCCGACAGCAACUAACAAUCCCACACCAGUGAGAUCCAGGCAACAACGGUACCUUUGUAUAAUUUUGCUUUUAGGGUUUGUUGGCAGAGGGCAGGCUGAUGCAAGGCAUUACCCUCACCAGCCAUUCAGGUGGGUCCUACGCCAUCUUUCGAGCGAUAAGGCAAUCAAAGAAACCAUCACACCGGACAGCCCAUCUUUUGAGUUUGAACUAAGAGACAUAUUUCCCCCACAACUAGGAUUCCCCAAUUUUCCGGGUUUAUCGCUGUACCAGACCUAUUGGUGCCCUGCCUCCAACCCAGAGAAAUCUGUCUCCUCGCUUUCGGAAGUUGUCCUGCAGAACAGGCGAAGACUGGACCUCUUGUUCAUGCAACAAGGAGGCCUGUGUGCUGCCUUGAAAGAAGAAUGCUGUUUUUAUGCAGACCAUACCGGAGUCGUACAAGACUCAAUGACCGAACUAAGAGAAAGGCUAGCCCAGAGAAAAAGAGAAAGAGAAGCUCAACAAGGAUGGUUUGAGUCAUAGUUCAACCAGUCUCCAUGGCUGACCACUUUUAAUAGGCCCUCUUACCAUGAUACUACUGACGUUGAUUUUCGGGCCUUGCAUACUAAACAAAUUAGUGUCGUUUGUUAAAAGCCGUUUAGAAAAAGUUAGCAUUUUACUUGUUGACCGCCAACAAUUGUUUUGAAGCGUGUUUAUUACAGACAUGUUAUAUCACUUUUUACAACUUAUUAUUUCAGUUUUAAUAGCCUUUGCGUUUUUAUAACUUCUAUGCUUUGUACGUUUUUUUAGUUAAUCAUGGGGGGAAAUGUGAAUGAUUAGGGAUAGGUGAUCGGAAGACAUCGCGUUGUACGGGCAGACGGAACCCCUCCCCUCAACAGUUAAGGUUACUUAACCCCCUUAGUUAGCCAGCAGCACCCGGUUCAUGACGCACGCAGAAGGAAGUGACGUGGUAAACCCAAGCUAUAUAACCCCAUGCAACCUACUAAUAAACGCCAUUUGCUGUCCUCCAUACUGGUGUCUGUGAGUUUAU